CACGUGCGUCUCUCGGGCGUGCGCGCCGCCCGCCCGCCUUGACAGGUGAGCGCGCGCAGCUGUGCCGGGCGGCUCCGUGACCGCGGAUGGAGGAGGUCUGAGUCCGGAGGUCGGUGCUACACAGGGGGCAGAGAAAACCCGGUUCUUCCGUCUGAGAAUGAGAGCUGAACAGUCUGAAAAUGGAGAAAACUCUACGAACUCGCAGAGCGAGAUGCUGAUCAACCAGCUGAAGGAGAUCACUGGCAUCCAGGACCAACAGAUUCUCUACAGAGCUCUGAAUGCCAGUCAGGGUGACAUUGGACAAGCCGUCGGCCUCCUCACAGCCCAGACGGCAGAACUUCAGGACUCUUUAGAACCACAGGAGCCGGGGACGUCUGGAGAGGCAGCAUGGGACGGCCAGAAAGGACUUCCUAAAGAUGAGCUCCAGACGGCCAUCGAGCUCAGCCUGCAGGAAUCUCACAACGCUCAGGAGGAGGAGAGGGAGUUUCACAGGGCUCUGGAGGUCAGCGCUGAGGAGAACGCAGCCAGAAUAAAGAGGAAGAGGUGUGAGGCCCAGAGCGACCUGUGCAGCCCUGCAGACUGGAUCCGGCAGGACGACUGGCCCGUCGGCAUCCGCAACGUAGGAAACACCUGCUGGUUCAGCGCUGUCAUCCAGUCGCUGUUCCACCUGCCCGUGUUCAGGAGGCUGGUUCUCAACUACCAUCUGUCUGAGCGAGUCCUGGAGAAGUGUAAGAGCCACUCGGACAAGAGGAACAUCGCCUUCAUGCAGGAGCUCCGCUGUCUGUUCGCCCUCAUGGUCGGCUCCACCCGCAGGUUUGUGGAUCCUUCAGCUGCCGUGGAGCUUCUGCGAGAUGCCUUCAGGACCAGCGAGGCCCAGCAGGAUGUCAGUGAAUUUUCCCACAAACUUCUUGACUGGCUGGAGGAUGCGUUUCAGCUGGCCGCCAAAGGAAAUAAUGCAGAAGACAAACAACACAACCCCAUGGUCCAGCUGUUCUACGGCACCUUUGUGACAGAAAGAAGACAUGAAGGUAAGACGUUGUGUAACAUUGAACAGUUUGGACAGUAUCCUCUGCAAGUGAACGGCUUCAACAACCUGGACGAAUGCCUGGAAGGCGCCAUGGUGGAGAAGGAGAUCGAGUCUCUGCAUUCAGAUAACGGAGUCACGUCUGGUCGCGAGCGAUGGUUCAAAAAGCUUCCGCCAGUCUUGACAUUUGAACUUUCUAGAUUUGAAUUCAACACCCAGCUGGGGCGCCCGGAGAAGAUACACAAGAAGCUGGAGUUUCCUCAGAUCAUUUACAUGGACAGAUAUCUCCAUAAAAACCUGGAACGGACCCAUGAACGGAGAGGAGAAGUGAAAAAACUCAAGGAGCAGCUUGCAGUCCUUCAACAGAAGCUUGAGUGUUAUAAAAACUAUGGCUCAGGACCCACCAAGUAUCCUCUGGCCGACAUGCUCCAGUUCGUGUUGGAGUUUGCCACCACAAAGCCCACGAGUGUUUCCCCGGCUGAAGACCCGAGAUUAGCAGCAUCUUCACCGACUCCUACAGGCCUCCCCCUGAGUGAAACCGUCUCCAAAGAUACAAGACGCAGUAAAUCUGAAGCUGGAGCUGAUUUAUGUGAACCUGGAGAAGCAGAUUCCUCAGAGGGCCUGGUUUCCAGUGUUUCCAGUGUUUCCAGUUGCCAGCGGACCCCCAUAUACAAACCUUUCACCCAGUGCAGACACCCCAUUGACUGCCCACCACACCCAGCACCCCACAGCAUCACCGAAGAAGAGCUGCACUUUGUUAAAACCUGCCUACAGCGCUGGAGAACCGAAGUAGAGAAUGAUAUAAACGAGCUAAAGGCCAGCAUCGACAGGCUCUCUCAGACGCUGGAGGGCAUGUACUCAGACACCAGCCUCUGCCAGGUGCCCUACAGACUCCACGCGGUGCUUGUCCACGAAGGCCAGGCGUCAGCAGGACAUUACUGGGCUUAUAUUUAUGAUCACGCUAACCAGCGCUGGAUGAAGUACAACGAUGUGAGCAUCACCGAGUCGUCCUGGGACGAGCUGGAGAGAGACUCCUUUGGGGGAAUGACCAACGCCAGUGCAUACUGCCUCAUGUACAUCGACGACAGGCUGCCACACCUCAUCACAGAAGACACAGACGAUGAGACCGGCCAGGUGCUCCACGGCAUGGACUUGCUGCCGGCCGUCCUCAGACGUUACGUCCAGGAGGACAACCGCUGGUUCCAGCAGGAGCUCAGUGAAUGGGAGGAGCAGUUCUGCCAGACCGCCACGGCCCAGGAGGAGUUCACCACGGCCUCUGCAGAGCCCCCGAACCCCAGCUUGGACAGCGUACAGCAAACGCCUGUGGAGCCAGCGCCCCAGUCAGGACCCCCCGCUGAAGAACCGGACCAGGAACCUGCUUCAGAGACGCAACCAGAACCAGAAACAGAGAAGGAUCCAGAGCCAGACAUCAGGGAGAAGCCUGAAGAAGGAUCCCAGUUAUCGCCUCCACCAGCUGAGAGUCCCGGCAGCCGGCCAGCCGACACCGACACCCUGGAGCCCGGCCAGAGCUCCGCCUCGGCCGAGAAGGAGCUGCAGAGUCAGACUCCCGGCCCUGAUGCAGAGCUCAGUAAUGAUUCACCGUCUGACCUCCACGUGGAGAAGGAGGACGUGGAGGCGACGGGCUCUGGAGCUGAUGGACAGCUGGAGGCCUCCAGAGAUGUUCCUGAAGCAGAGCAGAGAGACGAGGAGCAGCGACAGGAAGCUCCAUCCAGACAGAGACAGACGGAGAACGAGGUCUCAGAGGUGGAGAUCCCCAACGUGGGACGGAUCAUGGUGAGGGCCGACGCUGACGGAUACAAUGAAGAGAUGAUGCUAACUCCAGCUAUGCAGGGAGUGAUUCUGGCCAUCGCCAAGGCCAGACAAACGUUUGACAAGGAAGGUCCUGAGGCAGGCCUCAUCAAGGCCUUCCAUGAAGAGUAUUCCCGCUUGUACGAGCUGUCCCAGGAGGAGGCCACGCCUCAGGAGGACGCCCGUCUGCAGCACGCUCUGGUCUACUUCUUCCAGAAUAAAGCGCCCAAGCGAGUUAUUGAGAGGACGCUGCUCGAGCAGUUUACUGACCGGAACCUCAGCUUUGACGAGAGAGCCAUCAGCAUCAUGAGGGAAGCCCGGGCCAAGCUACGCCUCAUCAAACCGGAAGACAUGGACAUGGAUGAAUACCUGCAGUGGCAUGAUGACUACCGGCUGUUCAGGACCGUGUUCGUCUACCUGCUGACCGGCCUGGAACACUACCAGCAUGGGAAGAUGCGGGAGGCGCUGAACUACCUGACUCACGCAUACGAGACCAACGGCAGCCUGCUGAAGAACGGAGACAAGCGAGGCGUGGACAAGUCUCUGAUUGCAGUUUACAGGAGGAAAUGUCUCACAGCGUUAAAUGAGAGCGCAUCCCGGCUGUUCUGCAGCGGCGAGGAUGGAAAAGUGGAGGAGGGCGUCUCCGUCAUGGACGAGGUGGUGAUUCCAUGUCUUCACCUGAUGAGCCGAGACUCGUCCUUAUCCCAGGAAGACCGGGACGCCAUGGAGAGCAUCCGCAGCCACUGGUGCUGCUGCCUGGGCCAGGACAUGGACGACUCUCUGCAGGUGAAGCUGGGUGAGCUGCUGCCCAGAGUUCUGGACGGUUCCACGGAGACAGUGGUGCUCAAAGACCCGCCCAAAGUCCACAUGAACCAGGCCCACGACCUGUGCAGCCGCCUGGCCGCCGUCAUGGAAUCCAUCCACAACACCUCGGUAGUCAUCGUCAAGUAAAGCCCCGAAUAAAACCCAGACGACCUCUUUGUUUGAAACGAGCAUCUAAACUGCAAACAGGAGAGGGAUCGAUCUGCUCUGAGGAAGGGUUUGGCCAGAGGGUGGCGCUAGGACAGACUGUAGAUUUUAGUUGCUGGUUUGGCACUUUUUAAAAAAAAACUCCUCAGAAACAUCAAAUAUCCAUUUUCUCCUCAGGUGCUUUCAGGCUGUCAGAAACAAAACUAACAGAACAUUCAGUCCAUCAGGGCCUUCAAACAGCAGCAGGUUUUGCAAAAAAAAAAAAAGGCCCAAAG